UGAAUAGGUGCACAGUGAAGGCAUUGCCCUUGGUCUCCUGUGGCCACUGUUUCAGACAGAUAAUGUUGGUGGCUCGAACUGCACGAUUUGUGGCAGUGAGAGGGGUGCAUGCUGUUGGUCUGACUGAUCCCUAUGAAAAAGUAGCAUUUGCAACCCUGCGUCCAAACAUAUGCAGAUUUUUGCACAAAAGUCCGGUGAAAUGCUGGAGCCCGGGUUUUCCAGGCAGAGGAGGAAGUGACAAUAACACAUUCCUAACACUGGAGGAUGUAGCCUUUGGAAUCAAGGAAGGCACUUACCGGCGUAUCCUGGUUAUGGUGGGAGCUGGUAUCAGUACGGACAGUGGCAUUCCAGACUUCAGGUCUCCCACUAGCGGUUUGUACAGUAAGCUACAGCAAUACUCCCUUCCGUACCCUGAAGCUAUUUUUGACUUGGGAUACUUCUUACGGGAGCCGCAUGCUUUCUUAGAUCUUUCUAAAGAUCUUCUUCCAGGCCGCCACCUACCUAACACAGCGCAUCACUUCCUGCGUCUCCUGAAUGAUAAGCGUGUACUCCUGCGCCUCUACACACAGAACAUCGAUAGCUUAGAGAGAGCGGCUGGCAUCCCUCUGGAGAAGCUGGUGGAAGCCCAUGGGUCAUUUACUUCAGCCACGUGCACAAAGUGCCUCAAAACAUACCCAGGAAGGACCUUCCAGGAUGCAGUGUUGGAGUCACGGGUUCCUCUGUGUGUACUAUGUAAAGGUCUCCUCAAACCAGACAUUGUGUUUUUUGGAGAACAUCUACCACAACGCUUCCUGAUGCAUCUAGUAGACUUUCCACAAGCUGAUCUCCUGCUCGUCAUUGGCACAUCCCUGGAGGUUGAGCCUUUUGCAAGUCUGGUAUAUGCAGUUAAGGCUUCCACUCCUCGUGUCCUAAUCAAUCGAGAACCUGUUGGACCAUUCGUAAGUGGUCAUCAAGGGAUAGACGUUGCAGAGAUCGGAGAAGUCACCGCUGGAGUCAAGCGUUUUGCUCAACUCUUGGGAUGGGAACGUGAACUGACUGAGCUGGAUAAAGAAGGAAAAGAUAAAGCUGGACAACUGUGAACGACAAGUAGAGGAACUUCUUGCACAGCCUUGACUGGGCCCAUGAACAGAACGUCACUGUAUUACUGAUAUGUCUUGCGUUAUGUUAAUAUUAUUGUAUGUAAGAUAUAUUAUAGUGCAGGGCUAGACAACCUUUAGCAUUCCAAGUCUCCAUCUACCAUAAUGCAGGCAAAGCAUCAGAGGAGAUAUAGUCUAAAACAACUGGCGUGUCGGAGGUUGCUUACCCCUGUUAUAAUGCAUUUCCCUUGUUAAAAAACAAACAACAAAAAAAACCUUUCU